UUACCAUGUCAGGAUUUCCUUUACAGAGCAGGAAAAAGGCAUCCCCGGGGGGUGGGGGCAUGUAGUGAAAGCGAUACUCUGCAAUGGGAUGUAACAGACUUUAGAAAAGAAGAUUUGGGUAUCACGCUGGAAGCGUGGUCGGAUAAGAGGCUCCUGAGACCUUUGCUUUAAGGAUCCCUCCCAGUAAUCUGCAUGGAAGGGAAAGAGCUGUCACAUUUCUCUCUGGGAUGUAUAAAACAACAAAAUGCGGAUCAACAUUUUUAUUUUUAUUUUUAUUUUCAACACAGACUGGAAAGAGGUCCGUCAUUCUUCUAAGGAUAUGAAUGACAUCUGGGGUGUGCAUGCCCAGACAAACUUUGGUACGCACACACAAACAAUCUCUGAAGAACUUUUGGAACUUUCCAGUAAGUGGGAGAAAUCACGGCAUUCAGGGUCUCCUGUGCCAGAUUUAGAUCACAAGAGCAACAUUCAUCUCACCCUGGGGGUGGAAGGUCAAGGGUUGGGGUACGGCACCACCGUCACUACAUUCCAGAGCACAACCCUGGCCCCCUCCCUCUGGACAGGUUCCAGUAUGUCUGCAGUACCUGAUAAGGAAGCUGUCGUCCUCACUCAGGAAGUGUCACACAAUUACCCGGACGCAUCUGGUACCGCUUCUGCCGUUUUGUACAUUAGCACCAGCACUUUGGGCCGCACCAUGCCUGAGAGCAGUGUGCACAGGGAGAUCUCUGUAGUACCAGGCCAAAGGGUCUCUGAACAUCUGGUUGCUGAUGUCAAGUCAGAGGUGUCACUGCUCCUGAAGUCCUCCACGCCUUCCCCCACUCUCAGUUCUGUCACUGUACCAUUCACACAGAGUCUGGGAGGCCAUCUGCAAGAGGCAGUCUCUGGGGCAGACUCUAGGCAUGCAAGAGCUCCUCUCCUUUCCACUGCAGGCCUGCUAGAGGCCUCCUCCUCCGGGAUGCUUCCAGCCAUCACUGCGACUUCUCCUGGUUCAUUACCGGAUGCCCUGAGCCUGCAGAGUGACAGCUAUGACACUUCUCCAACAAGCCACCCAGGGGGAAAAUGUCAUGUUGAUAUGAGCAUCAUCCCGUCCAGCAUCGCUUCCUUCCACUCAGAAGAUGAACCGGUUGAGUUUGACACCCAAAGUGUGUCACCCAGGUCAGGCAUACUGCCAACUGCCUCAGAUGCGUUUGCCGAACGUUCACUCAUCACUGUACCUGCAGGGCUCUCCCAGGAAGCUUCAGAAGAACCAGCCACAGGGCCAGGUGCCCUUUUAGGAAGGGGUUCGAGAAGUGUCACCCACAAAGGGUCACCUUUUGGCUCAGUGCUUGAAGACACUACUAACAUGGGGUUAGGACUAAGUCACAUGACUACUGGGGGUGCCACUGGGGACAUUGAAUUAAAUACUGUAGGUGAGGCCUCUCUUCCUGAUGUUCCUUUGUUCUCUAGCACUGUGAGGUUGAGUGCUGUAGAUGUUCUUCAUCAUGCAGAAAAUGGUACCUCAGAAAAAAUUGGAUCUUCCGUGCAAAGCAGAGAUCCUGACAGUCAAUUUACAACCACUAAUACUUAUGUAAGAUUGGAUUAUCAAGGGGCACAUGACAUUAUAGACUCCAGCACUAUUCACUUUCAGCAAGAGUCAACAGAUGUAAGUAAUGCUGACUUGCAUCCAUCUGAUCCCCAUACGAAUCCACAACAGAGUUCUGCACAGUCACACUCCACAGAAGUUCUAAAAAUACAGCCUGAAUCGAGUGCUUCAGCAGUGUCAAAUAGCUACAAUCCGAGUUCCAUUUCACUUACUGCAAUAUCAAAAACCUUUUCCUUAGCUGAAAACAAGACAAACUCAGAAACUAGCUCGCAGAGCUUAACCUCUCACUCCGAAUCUCACAGAGGAACACAGCCAAAUGGUAAUUCCUCCAUUUACAGCACCAUAAGUGGUCUGGAGGAGCUGAGCACCACCCCCUACAUGGCUUCCGUGUCUCCUGUAUUGACCCAAAGGACUAGUGUAUCUCAAAACUUAGAUGGAAGGACUUUUACCAGCAGUAAAGGGCAUUCUGAGAAUGAAAAUACCAGCACUGAACAUACUACUCAAGAAUACUCUCAGAGAGUAACACCAGUACACACACUUACAGUCAGUUCUGCAGAGUCUGAGAAGAUCCCAUUGAGUAGGAGAGAUGGGACCUCCACCUCAGUAGCUCCUCCUAUUUAUUCCACUUUGGAGGUGAGCAGCCCCACCUUCCAAUCACCAGGCGGCUUGCCGGUGAAUCCUAAGGCACCUGAAAGAUCCCCUUCGGUGCAAAGUGGAGUGAAGCAGGCCGGUACACAAUACUGCCACGACUGCGUGACCAACCCACUGGUGACCACCAGUUCCACAGUCAGCACGAGUGUACGUGCAACCUGGCAUGAUCCUGUGAGGACUACAGCAGCGCCACCUUCCACAUCCCCUCCCAUGACAGCUCCAGAGGCCCCGGGGAACCCCCUCACCACGGGUCCUUCCUCCGUGCACACUACUGUAAGCAGGCCUGGGACAACCCUUCAAUCUCCAGCUCAAACGGUCAAACGGAGAAUUUUCAUUGUUGAAGACCAGCCAGCCAUCAUCAAAGAAGAAACAGCACAGCUCCUCCUGCAGGUCAUACUGGCAUCUGAUGAAAAGGAUCAGCAUCUCAGAGGCUUGGAGGAGGACACAGUCACAAAGUUACAUCCAUUCUUACAGAAGGCUCCUGGCUUUCAGGCCCUACAGCUGUCAUGGACAAGCACUUCAACUGUCGUGCAGAGCGUGGCCACGUUCGACACCAGGGGAGCCCUGCCGUGGCUGGGGGUGGUCGGGGCACCCCUCCUGGAGGUGACAGGGCUGAGUGAUGCCGUGACGAAGGGGCUGUAUUUGAACAGCACGAGAGUGCAGAAGAUCACCGUGGGCGGACUGCAGUCUGAUCCCUGCUCUUGGCUCUUCCUAUGCCCCCCCGGCUUCCGAUGUGUCCCAGGCCACUCGGGCAAUGCCAGCUGCACCUCGCUGUGCCACGCGGGCUAUUGCAAGAACGACGGCAUAUGCAGCCACCACCAAGGCGAGGCGCCGACGUGCCAGUGCCCCGUUGGCGAGGACUUCUGGUUCAUGGGCAGGCAGUGUGACUCGCAGAUGACACGGCAGAGGCUGGUGGGCGUGUGCCUUGGCGUGCUUAUUGCUGUGGCCCUGCUGAUGGCCGCCGUGUCCUUUCUGGUCAUACGGCACUUCAAGGCCAUGCUGAUCCAGGCCAAGGUGGAUCAGACACGCAGCAGUUACAGACGUUUCAAUCAUUUCGACGAACUGUCGGGCAGGUUUUGGCUACGGUCUUGGCCCGGAUCUGCCGAUUCCCUCGACAACCCUGUUUUUAGUCACUCCGAUGAGCUUCUCCACCUCCGUGCAUUGGACCAGACCUGCUGUUACCAUGACGACACUCUGUCCAUCGUGUCCACCUUCCCCGGAAGCGAAACACAACUCAACACCAUCUACGCACACGGUUCGCAGUAUAACUGGGAUCUCAGUGGCAGCAGCAUCAACGAUUUCAUGGCCGACUCCGGCAAGGCGAGCGACAUCUCUGUGUGCAGCUGGCCCAUUGAGCCCAUCCAGUGGACGCCGUUUCCGUUGCUGCAGCAGCUGGGGGCCCAGCGGCCGACUAAGACAUCCCGGCCUCGCUCCUACUGCGAGGGAAUGGAGAUGGUGGACAUGGAGAAAACCUGGACUGAGCACCACCACAGCUAAGAAACCAGAGUACAGAAUAAACUGAACGACAGCCAUAAACUCGGAGCCGGCG